CACCGGGCCCCCAGGAGGGGCGACAGGCAUCGGGCCCCCCAGCGGGGCGACAGGCAUCGGGCCCCCAGGCGGGGCGACGGGCAUCGGGCCCCUAGGCGGAGCGGCGGGCGCCGGACCCCCAGGCGGAGCGACAGGUCUCGGGCCCCCAGGCGGAGCGGCGGGCGCCGGACCCCCAGGCGGAGCGACAGGUCUCAGGCCCCCAGGCGGAGCGACAGGUCUCAGGCCCCCAGGCGGAGCGGCGGGCGCCGGACCCCCAGGCGGAGCGACCGUGGGCUCCGAGUCAACUGGCAUGACCGCUGGCACUGGGUCAGACAUUUUGGAUCGUCUGGCUGGACAGCAGGCAUCGGGUCACCAGGCAUCGGGUCAUUUGGCUCGACAGCGGGCACCGCAUCAUCUGGCAAGGCAGUGGGCUCCGAGUCAACUGGUAUGACUGCGGGCACUGGGUCAGACAUUGGAUCGUCUGGCUGGACAGCGGGCAUCGGGUCACCAGAC